AAGUCACGGUGUUGACAGAGAAGCAAACACAUAGCUAUUCUCUACCCGCGUAUAGAUAACCCCUGCUUGAAGCCCUGUGAUGUUGUCAGACUGACUGUACGGCUCCCACUGGUCAUAAUAACACACGCAUCGAUGGACGGACCGUUGUUUAUGCACGUACCCUGCAGGCCUACACCCGUGUAUUGUCAGAGGCCCCUUGUUCUUGAUGCCGUGGGGUGCAGAUACCCCCUCCCCGUGGGGGGCGACUGCACCAGAGUCCCCCCUCUCAAGCUGGCACGUGAAGCCGAUGGACAGGGGAAGACAGCUUCCACACCGCUUGCUACCCUCCCAUACAGCCUCAGCCUGUUUGAUCACAUGAGGCGCCAACAUGCGACUUGCUACCGUGUUCUGGAUAAUAUUAAAUCGUCACUCGCUCCCUCACUCACCCAACCCGGUGUUCUAGUUCCAGAAAGAACACUUGCCCUGCCAACGAGUGAACUGUUCAACAUAAGGGCACAAGCAGCUCUGCCCGAAAAAGUACCCCCAUCGGAAGGACUGCAGGGGAUGGUUGGUUCCGUGUCAGAUCCCUACUCAUCACAAUACGGCUACGGCCGUAAGAUCUUCCCUUGCCCGCAGUGUAGAUAUACAACAGACAGAAGAAAUAAUCUCAAAAGGCAUAUGCUGACAAUGCAUCAAGCGUGUUCAAAACUGUUAGAAUGCUGCGGCAUUUUGUUCACGACUAAAGCGUCGUUACGUGAGCACGCAAUGAUAUUCCAUUACCAUGGUUACACGUGUUUCUAUUGUGGACGGAGGUUCUGCCGGAAGGCACUCCUGAAGCGCCACCUAUCGGUGCACAACGGACAAAAAGACUUCGUAUGUACGAUCUGUGAUUACGCCACCAGUCAUAAAAGUAACCUCGAGCGUCAUCGCAAAGUGCACGCGCGACAAGAAGAUGGCGGAUGUGAAGGAGAGACAUCUAGUGACGACCCAAAGAACCAAUCAGGAGAUGAGAACAUUGUGGACGUCAGCAGCGACGAACUCUCCAUCUGUUCCGACGAAGAUGAAGAAAUAAAUGUGCAUUCGGUAUAAAUGCCACGACAGCCAAACAACACAUUAGUCAUGCAAAGGCACACCGGAACUCGACAUCAAAUCUCCUGAUCUGAUUCAUUAAAAGUUUUAAUAUCAUCGAUUCAUCAGUUGACAUUUUACAGGACGUUUAAGGUGUCGUCUACGCUUCGCAUUCCAAAGAUAGAGGACAUAUUCUGCUUUCAACAGCAGGCAUGCGCAAUAUACCGUCACGUAUAUGUUACGCAUACGUAAUGCGUCAUACAUACGUAAUGUACGUAACAUAGAAUCCAAAGAUGUCAUAGUGGGGUUAUGUGUCGUAAGCACUUUCUGUGACUUUGUGACCUUGACAGUGGACAAUAUUUCCUAAUAUGGAAGUGCAAUGUGAAGCAUAUUGUGCCUUGUACAUAAUAACGUUUAUUUAAGAUGAUGACGUGCAUGUGACGUCAUUGAAUGGUGUAAAUCCUGAAUGCGAGAGUAAAGUAUCUGAAAGUA